AUGAAAUCCGGACCGUACAGCACCUCUGUCACUUCUUCAAUUUCUUCCGCUUCCAGCCAGUGGAUGCCCACCUCGUCUCGUCUUGAGUCGUUCAGCACCUUCCACAAGAGACUCUCCGAUACCAAAUCGCUCAAAAUGGUAAGUGACUCCUUCCGAUCGUGAUCUCCGUCGUGUCCCGUAAUAAUCCAAAAGAGAUAGAGAGAAGAUACAACAAUAGCCAAUUAAUCGUUUAUGCGCGACGGAGGUAGUGGGGGGUAGUACAACAAGUGCGCGCGCGCAAAGGGAAAGUCCUUGAGGAGAACAUCUGUCCUACUGUCUGACCCGAACAUGGAAUAUGUAAAUGCAUUGCUUACAGAAGACGACGAAGACACGCAAGCGUCCCUCUCCGAAGCACACGCCGCUGACGCCGUUGCCUCCACUCUCUAGCAUCUUCGAGUCCAGCUCCUCUUCGCACAGUUCCAGCUCCAACUCUUCUUAUGGCUCGUACUGCCAGUUCUCCCCGGAGGGCUCCUACACCAUGUACCACUACCCGAUGAACUACAUCCCGUACGUGCCAGAGCCCAUCAUCCCGACUACUUGCGUCGUCAAUUGCGCCACGAGCACCGACUCUGCUCUGGUCCACUCGCCGCCAAUGUCGGCCGAUGAGCACAAGCCCGUCGACCAGCCGCUGUUCAUCCAGACCGCCGACUAUCCGUAUGACUACUCGGUGCCCGAUCCGUCGGGCGGAUAUCCGAGCAGCGCGACCAUCAACGCGAGCCAGCUCUUGCUGCGCCCGGUCCCGAAUGGACACGCCCCGAACGGACAAGACUAA